AAUAAUUUUAAGAAAAAAAAAACUAGAAUUAAGAAUGGCAGAUACCGCUCCCAUAUAUGCAAUAUGUAUUCUCAAUCCCGAUGGUGGUUCUGGAGUAAGUGGACUUGUUAAACUUGUUUAAUAAGGAGAUUAAGUAACCAUAACUGCAACAGUAAAUGGCUUAAAAACUGGUCUACAUGGUUUUCAUAUUCAUUAAUUUGGAAAUUUAACAGAAGGAUGCAAAACUGCAGGCCCUCAUUUUAAUCCUUUCUAAAAAACUCACGGAGGUCCUCAUGAUGUCGAAAGACAUGUAGGUGAUUUAGGAAACAUAUAAGCUGUUGAAGGUCAAUAGGCUCAAUUUAGCAUUGUUGAUAAGCUUAUUAAAUUAGAUGGAGCUAAUUCUGUAUUAGGAAGAUCAUUUGUUGUUCAUGCUGAUGAAGAUGAUUUGGGAAAAGGAGGUCAUGAUGAUUCAAAAACUACUGGGCAUGCUGGUGCUAGAUUAGCUUGUGGAACCAUUGGUCUUUCUGGACCUUUUUGAUUAUUUUAUUUUUAAAAGAAAAAUACAUAUUAUAAAUAUAUAUGUGUUUUUAUUUUAUUUAUUGCAUUUGAAAAAGUAAGAUAUUAUAUUAUUU